AUGGCAGAAAAUCAAGAUGCACCUGUAUCUCAUAAUGAAGGCCCAAUAGAACCUAGAAAAGUUAAUGUUGCAUCUCCUAAUGAGGCAAACGAGUCUAGUAUCGAAGUAAACGCUGUAGAUCUCGAUGCUCCUGGAUCGCCGCAUUCACAAUCACCACCGCCAACUGAGGAUGAAGAGGCGAAUGAAAUGAUAAUAGUCAAUGAGGAUACCGUAGAACUCGACCUGAACCAUGGUAGAAUCGGGAAAAUUGAAAAACUUGAACCCUUAAAGCGUCUAGAGAGAUUAUAUCUAAGAUGGAACCUGAUUAAGAAAAUUGAAGGUCUAUCUACCUUAAGUACCUUGGUAGAAUUGGAGCUAUAUGAUAAUCAGAUUGUAGUGAUGGAGAACUUGGAUAGUCUUGUAAAUUUAGAGAUGCUCGACUUAUCGUUCAAUAGAAUCAAAGAAAUUGCCGGCCUCGAGAAGCUAUUGAAACUGAAAAAGUUAUUUCUCAGCUCUAACAAGAUAACAGAAAUCAAAAAUGUCAAUCAUUUCCCCAACUUGGAGCUCCUCGAAUUGGGUGACAAUCGCAUAAGAGAAAUCAAAAACAUAAAUUGCUUGAAAACUCUCACCCAACUGUAUCUAGGUAAAAAUAAAAUUUCCAAAAUACAAAAUCUCGAAGGUUUGACGAAUCUCGAAAUACUAGUGCUACAGAGUAACCGGAUCACCAAAAUAGAAAAUCUGGAAGACUUAACGAAAUUGGAACAGCUUUACAUAUCAGAGAAUGGCCUUACGGCAAUAGAAAACUUGGACAAUCAGGUCAACCUGCAAACAUUGGAUCUUGCAAUGAACAGAAUUACCACCAUUGAGAAUGUUAGGCAUAUGACCGCCUUAGAGGAGCUGUGGCUAAACGAUAACCAGAUAACUGACUGGUCAUCUGUAGAAUACCUCCAAGGUAACAAGAAGAUAGCCACAAUAUAUUUGGAGAGGAACCCUAUAGCUUCUGAUCCAGCCUACAGGAGAAAACUCAAGCUGAUUCUCCCAUCCCUGCAACAGAUCGACGCGACCUUGUGUAGAUAA